CACUGUCCCGACCUUUAUUAUCUUUGGAUCUCUAUCAACGACAUAAAAAAUCGAUUACAAGCUCAACAGCUUCUAGUUAAGCACCACACCCGAAGAUCAUUAAAAAGAUAAGCCAAUUGCUAGUUACAGCCUUAAGUGGAACCUGUUUUUGUGGUGCUGUGUUCUGACCCAGUUAGAUUAGUUAGAUUUUCUGAACAGAGUUGAUUGAACUUAAGACUAAACCGUUAGAUUAAUGGGAGCGCAAAAGCACCUUCCAGGAAUCAAUCAAUGAUUGCGAUUAUUAUCGUUGGGGUAUAAAAGUGAAGAACCUUCACACUAUUGGCACAGUUAACCAAGAUGAUUGUCAGUGUGAAGACGCUGGCCUUUUUCCUGGGCAUUUUUAGCCUUUCUCAGGCACAAGCGCUUCUGCCAGGACUGCGGGUGGCGGCCUUAGCUCGCAGCGCUGCAUCCGAUGCAGAGGUAGACAAUCCCCAAAUUGUUCUAUAUACAGCAAGUGAUCAGCUCAAACGCAGUGAUGAAGAUGAUGGGAUCAAUGGGCCGCAAAUUGUGGAGUCAGAGUCCGAAAAGGACAGUCGUCGAGUGCCCGACUAUCUUUAUUCAAACACGAUUCCCAUGCUGAACGAACAGAAUGUCAAGUACCAGGUGCCUCAACUAACAGCCCUGCCCAUUGCGUAUGGCCCACCGAUCAUCACCGGCUCCAACCGACCAUCCGGCAACAUUAUCAGCAACAACAACAAUAACAACAAUGUGCCUUAUGUGGUAGUUCCUCGGGUGCAAUUGGGGUUCAAUGUCCAAGGACAAUCGAACGUCAAUUGGCCGAGUUUCAAUAUUCUGCCCGAGAACUCCGCCACACAAAAGGAGGAUACUUCGGGGGGUGCAAUAUGUGUACGUGGCUGGACCACCAGGAGAACCUGGACCACCUGGACAACAAGGUCUACCUGGACCUCCAGGGCCGCAAGGACCUCGCGGCUAUACCGGCGCAACUGGAGCACGAGGCAGGGAUGGACCUCGUGGUCCACCUGGCUACUCGUCGAGCAGUGCUCAGAGCUCGGUUCAGAGUCCCCAGGGUCUUUGGUAUACGCAGAGCAACAGCAACAAUAAGCCACAAUAUGAACAUUUCACGAAUGGUUAUCACAACUGAGCACAUUAAA